AUGCGCUUUACCACAGCAAUUGGGUUAUUGUCCGCCCUUUCAAUUGUUUUGGCUAGUGAGAGACCGGAUCAUCGAUAUCAUGAUACGCACAAGCGGUCUUCAGAUAACGAGAACUUCAUCAAGUAUGAUUAUGUCGUCGUUGGCUCUGGUGCUGGAGGUGGCCCUGUAGCAGCACGAUUAGCAAUUGCAGGCUACAAGGUGCUUCUUCUGGAAGCAGGAGAUGACCAGGGAAAUGCAACCAAGCAAAUCGUCCCCGCUCUACAGCUCCAGUCUACUGAAUAUGAGCCGAUGAGAUGGGAUUAUUUCGUGAAUCAUUACUCGAACCAAACCCGCCAGAAAGAAGACACCAAGAUGACUUACCGGACACCUUCCGGUGACCUCCACGUUGGGAGUCAUGCACCCAAUGGCUCCGAGCCCUUAGGAAUUUUAUAUCCUCGAGCAGGUACUUUGGGUGGAUGCACUGCUCACAAUGCCAUGAUCACCAUCUACCCGUAUGAGAAUGACUGGGAGCAGCUGGCGAGCCUCACUGGCAAUGAUUCGUGGUCUGCCUCGAAUAUGCGUCAGUACUUCAAGAGACUAGAGCGCAACCGAUAUCUCCCCAGCAGUUUGCUAGGCCACGGAUUCGAUGGAUGGCUUACAACGAGUCUUACAGACUUGCGUCUAGUCAUUGAAGAUCAAAAGCUUCUGUCCUUAAUCCUGGCCGGUGCGGCCGCCGCAGGUCAAACACUGUUGGGCAAACUGAUCACCACCGUUGCAGGUCUUGCAGGAAUUCUGCUGCGUGACCUGAACAACCCGCUCCCCUUGCGCGACUACGAGGAGGGACCAUACCAAGUCCCUCUUGCUGUGGACGUUCCUGAGUACAAACGCACAGGUCCUCGAGAAUUUCUAAUGAAGACAGUCAACGCUGUGAACUCGGAUGGUUCGCGAAAAUAUCACCUUGAUAUUCAGCUGAACACUCUGGUAACUAAGCUCCGAUUCGAUACUACCGGGGCCAAGCCACGGGCUAUCGGGGUUGACUACCUACGGGGACAGAGCCUUUACCGCGCGGACCCCCGGGCUUCCCAGACUUCUUCUAGUGGGAAACCAGGGAGUGUGAAUGCUGCUCGUGAGGUUAUUCUGUCGGCAGGCUCGUUCAACACUCCCCAGCUGCUGAAGCUGAGUGGUAUUGGCCCAAAGGAGGAGUUAUCCAAACUUGGAAUUUCAACCUUGGUGAAUCUCCCCGGUGUUGGUCGUAAUCUUCAGGACCGGUACGAGAUGGGCACAGUGGGCAAGUCACCCACCGAUUUCGUCCUCACAUCCAAGUGUACCUUUAUGUAUUCCCUUCCCGACCCCUGUCUGGAACAAUACGAAAAUGAUCCAUUCUUCAAAGGUACCUAUACCACUAAUGGAAUCGCCAUUGCUAUAAUUCGCAAGUCGUCCGUCGCGGAAGAUGAGCCUGACCUAUUAAUUUCGGGAGCGCCCGUCAACUUCCCCGGUUACUAUCCUAACUACUCUUACGAUGGUCUCAAAGAUUCCCAGCACUGGACCUGGAUCACGUUGAAGUCGCGCUCCCGCAACAAUGCUGGUACAGUUGAGCUGCGAUCUACCGACCCGCGUGAUAUGCCCAUCAUCAACUUCAACUCGUUCGAUACCGGAGUUACUACAGAUGGUGCAGAUGAAAAGGACCUACACGCUGUGUUUGAAGCAAUGCAAUUCUCUCGCACAAUCUUUGAUGACCUUAUUCCCCUCGAUGGCGGGUUUGAAGAGGUCUGGCCAGGACCUAAUGUCACUACGGAGAGUGAGAUGAAAGACUUCAUCAAGCAAGAGGCAUGGGGCCAUCAUGCCUGCUGCACUGCUGCUAUUGGAGAUGAUACGGAUCCUCAGGCUGUCCUGGAUGCUGACUUCCGUGUUCGUGGUGUUGAUGGGCUGCGUGUUGUGGAUGCUUCGGUCUUUCCCAAGAUUCCUGGGUACUACAUCGCGCUGCCGAUUUAUAUGAUUAGUGAGAAGGCCGCCGAAGUCAUCAUUGCUGAUGCUGUAUAA